AUUGGUCCUUCAGAGCUACAGCAACGUCAACACUUCGGCACCCGUAACACGUCACGGCAAUGGUUGCCUGGUGCAGCUAUAAAUGCUGUCAACUCUAAACUAAACGCCACCAGUUCGCUUUGGACCAGUGCAAUUCGGUGAACAUGAAGUGCUUCGUUGCGAUAACUUGCCUCCUGGCUCUAAUUGUUUCUACAAGAGCUUCUGGAGACGGUCUACUUGGUGCGUCAAUACACGCCCCAAAUGAUUACUAUUCAUACCCAAGCUAUGCGUAUGAAAACACUGUAAGGGAUCCCCAUACUGGUGACAACAAGGCCUAUUGGGAGAGGCGUGAUGGGGAACUCGUGAUCGGCGGCUACUCUUUCGUUGAGCCCGGCGGUAGCAUUAGAGUUGUCGGAUAUCGUGCAGAUGAAAAUGGAUUUCACAACACUCUCUUGACCCGAAUCGGGCCAAAGGUGCACCCCGGCGGCGCUACCUCCACAACAGAGAUUUCUGUACCAGCGGGUCCGAUACCAAGACACGCUGCACCUCUGCCCAUCCACCCGGUCGUCUACAACUACCGGCCCAGUCUGCCUUUACCAUACACGCACGGAUGGGGCCACGGUCACCUCGGUUAUUACUGAGAACUCAAGUGCGCAGUAAGCCUGACAUGGGAAAUGCCGCUAGCCAUUCUUGUUUUCAUAUCUUCGCGAUACGGUUGUCCACGUCCUAUCGCAACACAUAAGAUUUAUGUAUAUUUUACAAAAUGUAAUGUAAGAUAUUGAUGUCAUUAAACAAAUCCAGGUACUCUCUGAAUUGAGAACUUCCUCAAUUAUGGAUGUUUGUUAAAAUCGCUAUAAGCACGAUUAAAGCAAUAACCACUAUGUGGUAAUA